ACACCAAUUUAUCAAAAACGCUGAUUACAUGGUGAUCAAAGUCCAUCUCCCCAAAUUAUUUCGAACAUUACUAGUUGUUACUUAAUGCCAGUUGAUGCUCUAACGGAAACAUCAGUCAUGAAAUGAGGAAAACAAACAUUGAGUUAGUCAACGAAGUCGUUUGCUAAAGGAUAGUGAAUUCAAGUCUCCUCAGCAAAGGAACGCUAAAGACACGCUAACUGAGAUGGCAACUAAGGAUCUUAAAGACGACACCGCCGCCGCCACGUCAGCUGGCAAACUCUUUACACGGGCAGAAGUGGAGAAAUACGCUGAAACUUCUAAAGAUAUAUGGAUCAUCAUUCAUAAUAAUGUCUACAAUGUCACCCCGUUUCUCAAUGAGCAUCCUGGUGGUGAGGAAGUACUUCUGGAACAAAGCGGACGGGAUGCUACAGAAGCUUUCGAAGAUAUUGGACAUUCAACUGAUGCUAGGCAAAUGAUGGAAUCAUAUAAAAUUGGAGAGUUAGUGGAAACAGAAAGGAUGGAAGAGUCUGGAAAGAAAGCCAGAGACUGGUCUAAUGAAAAUGAAGACAGUUCUAGUUCUUGGUGGUCCUGGUUGAUUCCAAUCGCUCUUGGGGUACUUGCUACCAUCGUCUAUCGCAACUUUAUCAGCGCAUAUUAAAGCAUUCCGAGCCUUUUUUUUCAUAUUAUUUACUUGUUAACAACUAUAUAUAUGUAUACAUAUGUAUUGAUAAACAAUUGUUGUACAAUUUUUCCGAAUGUAUGUCGCGAACUGUUAUUUUCUAUGAACCAAAUAAUGCAUUUUCUGGCCUAGGAUCUCUUCAUGAGAGAAAGGGAAAUAAAAAGGAAACGGUCGAUAAUGUGUACUACAUAUUGAUAUACAAAUGACGCGCAUUUAUAUAUUUAUAUGUAUACGUUUGUACACAUAGUAUAUAUAUGCAUAUGUACAUGUAGCGUUCAUACGCGACGUUCUCCGAAUUGACGAAAUAAAUUAAUUUAAUUCCUUAGAAAACAGGAUUCCCACGGAAUAAAGAAGUAAACCCGGUCCUUAAAUCCUUAAACGAAAAAAAGACUACUACAAGAGGACAAUAACUAAUAGAAGUAAUUCGAUCAUCGAACAAACCAUAUGAAACGCGAUUGUAUUUGCUAAUAUUUGUACAUUGUAACAGAUUAAUCAAGAAGACUGCGUCGACUGCAUCACUGAUGAAGAGAUAAAGUGGCUGCAUUGAAAAUAUUUUCUAUAAUGAGUAUAAUGAAUUUGUAAUCACAUUAUUUUUUUUACAAUUUACCAAUAAAUGCGUAGAUCUCUGAAAACCUGGUAAAUAAUAAUGCAUAUAAGUUGCAAAGUUUAAAUUGAUAAAAAU